UAAAACUCACUUCGAGUCUGUAUGUAGCUAGUUGUUCGACGACCGCAGACACAGCAACUGCACCAUGAAUACCGGAGCCCUCAUUCUUAUAUUGGCCAUGGCCGGUGCGUCCUUCGCUAACUUUGUGCCGCCUCUGCACUUGCACAAGCCGUUGGCUCCCAUCUGCUGUCCGCGUUUUGUGCCACCUGAAUGCUGCCCGUCUUAUUGCCCAGAGGAGUAUAAACCUGUCUGUGCCACUGACUGCCACCAUCUGCGGACUUUUGCCAACAUUUGUUUCAUGCAUGCUACAAACUGCCUGGAAAAUACAAGAUACCGCAAAGUCUAUGAUGGAAAAUGCCCAAACAGCCACCCAAUGCUCCAGUUCCAUGAUAAAGAAAUUGAGUGGAUGUAA